CUAGGUCUCUUCCUCGCCAUCAGUCAGCCCUCCACGCAUGUCUAUGUCUGACUCUUCCUUGUUGAUGGCUAUGUCUAGCUGUGCACCCUGUCCCGCUGCUGCUGCUGCUGGUGGUGCCUGCUGUGUGUGUGCAGUCCUGCGCUUCUUGGCCACAUGAGUGUCGGCGGGCCCAGAGCACACGUAGUCGAUCGCUGUCAUGCCCAGGUUGUCCUCUGGGUUCCAGAGGUCCCUGAGAGGGGCCUUCUCGGGGGCAUGGUGCAGCAUCUCAUACCGCAGCGCCUCGAAGAAUCGCACCUGCACACACAGACACAUAUGCAUACAUACAUGAGUGGGGGGUGGGGUGGGGUGGGUGGUUUGGUCGCUCAGCUCACGACGGGCCUGACGAGGUCCCUCUCUUCCUGGUAGUUGCUGUGGGCCAUCCGGUAGAGGAUCUCGUUGGGCCCCUCGUGGUCCUUCAGGUGUUCCCUCAGCGCAGCACCAGACAACUCCCAAAACCUGCAUGCCGCCACACCCACAGAAACAAACAAAGAAGAGGACGUCUAGUAUGGUAUGCGACGUCGGGAUGGAUGGGUGGAUCGAUUGACCGACGUGUGUUUCUUGGGCUGGGGUGGUCCGGUGCGGUGUGCAGUGCUAUGGUCCCACCACUCACUCGAUGCAGUGCGACAGGACAUGUUUGCCCAAGGCGGCCAGCCCAUCUGCGGCGAUGGCCGGCGUCACCAGCACCGGGUGGGUGUCCUUGCGCUUGUGCACCUUCACGCUGAACACCUACAACCAUCAGUUCAGUAGUUAACACACAUCACGGCCAUUCACUCAUGGAUCAGUCAGCCGGCACACAUAAUACAAUACACAGACGUGCAGUGCAUCUGUCCAUUGUUUGCUUACGGCGCUCUCCCCGCCGAUGUGGACGGUGCUGACGAUACGGUAGGAAUCGCCCCUGCUGGGAGCCCCCUCAAACAUGCUGCACACACACACACACACAAAUACAAUUACGUGUUUGUCCCUGGGUGAGUGAGUGAGUGGACAGCACUUACAACUUAUCGUGUGUUUCGAACCAGACGUGACUGCUGCUGUUGCUGCUGUCGGUGGUGCCGGUGGUGCCGGUGGUGCCGGUGGUGGUGCUGGAGGACAUCUGGGCAGGGUCGGGCGGCUUGGGGUAGUCCUUGGCUGCGUACCGACUCGGCACCAACUCGCCGCUCGGCGCAACACGCCAAAACUGACAGACAAACAGAACGUCCAAUAGGCGAUAUGCCCAUGUGCGCCAUGGAGUGUCUGCAUGAGUGAGUGAGUGAUUCAGUGAGUGAGGAAGACAACGCAACGCACCGCACCUCGGGUGGAGUCUUGGUGAAGCUAUUGAGCAGCCGAUACAGACGCUGAAACUUGAACUCUGAGUUAGGAGGAACGGCUGUGUCCUUGCCUGCAUGCAGGCAGGACACACACACCCACACACAGGCCAGCAUAUGCAAGUGAGAUCAUUCUUACACUUUCAUCUUAUCCCGUUUCCGGCAUGCUGUGCUGUGAAUAUCGUGCUAUGGUUACGUUUGAUCUUCUGCGCCGUCCAUUUGCGGUCUAUGUUGACCCAGAAUUGGUCAGUGUCCUCGAACUGGUCACGGCCGAAUGCACCGGGGUCCUUCUGAACGGCCACCGUCACCCCGCAUGGCAAGGGCCAAUCGUCCGGGAGAGCAGCGACGAACGCGGCGAAGCCACCGGUGGCUGAUGACCUGAUCCAUACAGACACAUGCAAAGCACAGACUCACUCAGCCCAAGCGCGUAUGUGGGUGGGCGUGGGCAGCUGGUGCGUGUGCGUGUACAUCUCCUCAAUGGGUGGUGCGAGCAUGUGUAGCGACGAGUCCUCCACCGAGUCGAAUGCACCUGUAUAUAUGGAUACAGACAGACGAUUGGGAGGGAUCAAGUCGAGUGCACCAUCAAUUGACAGCCUCUCCCCCUCUCUCUCUCCCUCCCUCCCUCCCUCCCUAUCUCCCUGCUCUUGUCAAAGUUACCGUAUUCUUCGAUAGUCAGGUCAUCCUGGCCCCAUGUGCAGCGCACCGUGAAGCCCUUGCCCGCCUCGACGGUGACCUCCCGCACCAUGUCGCGCAUCUCGGUCGUCCCGUCGCGGCGCAUGAAGAGGAAGGCAAACCGGAUGGUGGUCGACGGGGUGAGGCAGAAGAUGUGCGCCACGGUACAGCCGCCCCACGCUCCAUCAGCACCCUCGGCGAUGUGGAGGGGGAUGGGUCUCUUCCCUCCCCCCAGAUACGGGUGCUCGCCCACCACCGACAAGAUGGCGUGCUUGCGUGGGAUCUGAUAGACACAGCUGCGGGCAUCAAUCUCAAAGCAAACCACUGCAGGGGCGAGCGUGGACGGCGACGCCAUGUGAUGGGCUCUGCGCGCCUGCACGCGUACAAGGGUAACAAAGACAGCGUGGGCAAUGCAUCACGACGCAGGAAGAAGGCUAUUCUCGCAACGCACCUGCGUCAAUUGCUGCUGCUCACAUAGGCAUCAAUUAAUUCAUAGUCGCCUUACAGACCGCCGCUGCUUCCGCCCCGGCACAUGGAGCGGCCUGUCUGUCCUUGUGCGGCUUCAAGUUGCGAGCCUAACUUCGAUCCGGACUUCUCGUUCGUUGUUCUUGAGAUCUGGCUCUCUGUGGCUCCCCCCGCCCUCAGCACGGCUGACGUGGCAGGUGAGGUAAAAGAAAGAAAGAAGAAGAUCCAU